UUUGAAGUGCCUUACAAUAGGAAUUGUCUCUCUUACUUUGAUGCUUGGUUAGAUUUUUCCCUAUAGAACAUAUAUCGAAAAAAGUUUAUAAAAAUUGUUUAAAAUGGACUGGGCUACUGAUCUUGAGAUCACUUCCAAAAAAUUGAUACCUCGCUUAGGUAGACGUGCAGGUCAAAACAACUUGCAGGAAGAGAAUAGAUCCGAUGAUGAUCUUCUCGAGAGUCCAAUUUCUUUAUCAUCUGGAAAGUCUAUGCCUAUGCAAAGACCGGUAGUUCCACCUCGUUCUAGGAAAACUGGCUGGGGCGAUGAACUGAAAAGUGGCAAAUCAAGGAUGAUGCCAAAUAUUAUUGAACAGGACCGUUUUCGAACUGUCGAGAAGGAAGAACAAGAAGAUGAUAUUCCUGUUAUACCAGAUUUAGAUGAAAUUCAGGAAGAUAAUAUUUCAUCCGACAUUGCAAGUGCUCCUACAAUCAAUGCAAAUAGAAUGACUGCUUAUGAGGAAUUGGAUACUGAUCUAGUGAAAAAUGCAGCAUUUACAUCAUUGGACGGUAUCAGCCUUUCUCUUCUUGCAGACAAACUGUACAAUGAAAAUUUGGUGAAGGAACCUGAUGAAGUUUGGAAUUGGAAUCUUCUUUUCACACAAAUUUCUUCUGAGAUUAAUAGCGAAGCGCAGGAAAAAAUUAAAAGUUGAAGCAAUGAAAAUUAUAAAUUAUUAGUGUUUUUCUACUUAAAAAUAAAAAAAUAAAGUUUUAUAUAUAAUAACAAAUAUUUUAGCUGCAUCCUUAAGUUUUUUUUUCAAUAUAUGUAAAGAUCCUAACUGUUCAACUACAUAAUUAUAACCUAAUUAUUACCCAACUCUUUAAAUAGAAAUCUAUAAAGACUUACAA